AUGGCAGAGUUCAAGAUCGGUAGGCUGGAUGGCCAGCCACCAAGGAUCAGAAAUGUGCCCAUUGCCGUCACCCCAGAAGGAUUCUGGUGCUGCCCAUCACAGGCCGCGCUUCAGAAGACAGCAAAGAGCCCAAACCAGCAGGGCAGGCCUAGAGGGGGAGCAUCCCCUGCACCAUCAAAGGCGUCCUCGGUUCAGAGGGCGCCGACCAUUUCUUCAGAGAAGAGAGCACAGUCCACUCCUACUAGGUCUAGAACCAAUUCAGAUGAGCAAGUAUGCCCUCCAGCAGAUGCUGUUGCUGCCCCUGAUCCACCAAAGGUAGUACCUGCACCGGCACCCGAGAAACGACCAAAGCAGCAUAAGAUCUCGGUCGGAUUUGGGCAGCUUGGCACGAGUGAUCUGAAGGUUGUGCUGCAUGGCAAGGAAGGGGUAGCUGUGAAGAUGAUUGUUCACAAGAACAUCCUUGCUGAAAAUAGUACCUUUUUUGCCAAUAGAAUCUCGAGGCAGUCUCCGGUGGCAUGCAUUGAGGUGCCAAAUUGUGAGGAUGUGGAGAUUUAUGUCGAGACUGUUGGGUUGAUGUACUGCAAGGAUGUCAAGCAGAGACUUAUCAAGCAAAACGUUCCACGAGUUCUGCGAAUCUUGAAGGUCGCAGAAUCACUAGGCUUCCGUGCAUGCAUCAUGUCAUGCUUAGAUUACCUGGAAGCAGUUCCUUGGGUUGGCGAUGAGGAAGAAAACGUUGUGUCGUCCAUCCGACAGCUGCACGACGAGGAUCACAGAGCUAACCCCUUGCUAAGGAGAGUGACAUCUGACGUCCUAACAAAUCCGCCGAACGACACUCUUGCGCAUAUCAUUGAGCUGGUGCUGAAGAGCAGCGAGGAUAGAGGCCGCCGUGAGAUGAAAUCUCUGGUCCUGAAACUUUUCAAGGAGAACAGCAACAUCUGCACCAAUGGUUCUUCAGCAGACGACUCCUGCAUCAUGACCUUGUACAGCUGUUUCCAGAACUGCCUGGAUUCCCUGCUGGCACUGUCUCGCCAAGCUUCCGAUCCAGAAGAGCUCGCGGGUGAAGAAUCUUCAGGCAGCAAAGACCAGACGUUCAGAAAGAUUGCUCUGGAGGCUGAUAACCUCCUCUGGCUAGCCGAGAUCCUAUCAGACAGGAACGCAGCCGAUGAACUGACGGUCAUCUGGGCCAGCCAGGCGGAGCUGGCCGAGCUGCACCCGAAGAUACCGGUGAUGCACCGCCACCUGGUGAGCUGCGUGACGGCGAGGCUGCUGGUGGCGAUCGGGAAAGGCGAGGCGCUGCCGUCAAAGGAGACGCGACGGCGGCUGCUCGACGUGUGGCUGCAGCCGCUGAUGGACGACUACAGGUGGCUGCAGCACGGGUGCCGGUGGUUCGACCACGCUGUGGUGGAGGACGGCAUCGGGCAGGCCAUCCUGACGCUGCCUCUGGAGGACCAGCAGGCCGUGCUGCUUGCGUGGCUCGGUCGGUUCCUCAAGGCCGGAGAUGGGUGCCCCAACCUGCAGAGGGCGUUCGAGGUCUGGUGGAGGCGGACCUUCGUCAGGCCGUACGCCGAGCAGCAGCCCGGGAGCUCGUCGUCGCGAUCGGGGCGCCACUGA